GAAGACUUGGACUAAAUUGGAGGAGUUAGUUUAUUUUAAUUUUAAACGGUGAAGUACACUCUUGAAAACUGUGCUUUUCAGGGUGGACACCUUACCAGUCCCAUGAAAGGAAGGCAUCUUGUUCCAGAAUAACACAUUUCUGUCAGGAAAGAGCUGGUGGAUUUGUUUCUUCCUUACAUCUCUCUAUCUUCCUGGCAAGCAUGCUUUCUUAGUCAAAAUCCAGUGCAGAAUAGUAGCAGUCCUUGCUUUGAUAUAUGUUUAUGUGAACCUAAAUACAUGUUGAACCUAGAGGCCAGGCCAGCAUUCUUUCAGAUUGAAAACUUGAGGGCCCAUUACACAGCCUAUGCACAUUCCUCUGAUAAAGUUUUUAGCUUGUUACCACUCUCCACUUCAUUAAUACUGGUAAAGUGCUCUAUAUAUUGAGUUGUCCAGUACAUCUGAAGGAACUACUUAUAACUUGUAUUUUAUAACUGAUUUGCAAAACACAUUGAAUCGCUAUGUUUGCAGAAAGUUCUGUUCAGAAAAAUACAUGAGGUACAUUUGAAGUACAUUAGGAAGUAGGUGCAUUAGGAAGUGUUAUUGUCAGUCAGGGCCAUAUAGUGUAGAUCUAGAUGCUGCACAUGGACACACAUUUCCACCCUUAAUGUGACUUGAGAUUGGGAAACUUUAGAAGUUAAAGUGAGAGCCCUUUUUCUUUUACCUGCAUUCUCAAACAAUUUCAAUUUCAAUUGUAUUUGUAGCGCAUGAUAAACCUGUCAGAGUUGACGCCAUACAUCUUGUGUUCCAUCUGCAAAGGCUAUUUUAUAGAUGCCACAACCAUUACAGAGUGUCUUCAUACAUUUUGUAAAAGUUGCAUAGUAAGACAUUUUUACUACAGUAACAGAUGUCCAAAAUGCAACAUUGUUGUACAUCAGACACAGCCUCUUUACAAUAUCAGGUUGGAUCGACAAUUACAAGAUAUAGUUUAUAAAUUAGUUGUCAGUCUGGAGGAGAGAGAGAAAAAGCAGAUGCAUGAUUUCUAUAAAGAAAGAGGUUUAGAAGUACCCAAACCUGCUGUCCCACAGCCAGUCCCUGUGAGCAGAGGACGACCUCGGAAAGUCUUGGGAUCAGUGUUCCGAAUCCCACCAGAGCUUGAUGUCUCACUGCUUUUGGAGUUCAUUGGAGCUAAUGAAGGUGCAGGGAAUUUUAAGCCACUGGAAAAGAAGUUUGUGCGCGUUUCAGGAGAAGCAACCAUUGGACAUGUGGAAAAAUUCCUGCGAAGGAAAAUGGAUCUUGACCCUGCUUGCCAGGUGGACAUAAUAUGUGGGGAUCACCUGCUGGAACACUACCAGACGCUGAGGGAAAUCCGCCGAGCUAUCGGAGACAGUGCUGUGCAGGAUGGCUUGCUUGUACUGCACUAUGGCCUUGUGCUAUCGCCGCUGACAAUAACUUAGACUGCUAGAAUAUCAGAAAGUGAAAGGAUCCAAAACACGAUGCUUCUUCAAUGCUGUGUCUCACCAAAGAAGCCCAGCCUCCUUGGUUCCUGUCCCAGGAAAUAAAUGAAACCACCACUAACUGCUGUACACUUAUAAUUUAGCGUAUGACUUUGCCACAGUAAGAAAUGCAGCCUUUGUAAGUACAGUUGUAAACACUGCAGCGCUCUAUAUUCAAAUGAUACUCCUUAAACUCUAGCUAGCUCAGGGAAAGCAGAAUACUCAGAGUUGCUGAACUUAUUUUUAAAUCCUUCUUAAAUCCACCCAGUUGCACAGGGUUAACUUGUUUUCUCCUCCACUAAAAUUAAUCCUGGGCAGGUCCCUAACUAUUUUUAUCUGCAUAAAACCUUACCUACUUAUGAGGUAUAUGGCUGGAAUGGUGCUCUCAGGAAUGAUCUGCAGUGAGUGGUGUCCCUUUUAUACAAUCAUUUGUCUAAUAAGACUGUUAGCAGCAGCUGACUUGAUUUAGAAAUAGUGGGGGAGGUGGGGUGUUCUAGCUUGUACAUAGGCCAAAACGGGUGAUCAACUUCCUGUGGGUUAAAUAUUGACUUUGUUAGUUCUACCAGAAACAGAAUUAAGAUAUUGUUUCUUGUCAAGGAAACAGCUUUCAUCUGAACUAGGUCCAGAACUGAUAGUAGCUAGACUCAUGUUAACUACUAUGUAACUAUAUAGCUCAUGCUUCUGCUGUCAACAUGGGUGGGCCAAUAGAUUAUGCUGUGCACAGAGGACAUCAGUGUACAACCUUCCCCUAUAUCUGUGAUAAAUGUGAAAUAAUUAGACUUUCAGCCUAUUCCCAUUGAAGUCAAUCAGCUGACUUGCCUGGAAACUGUAUCAGGCCUUUCAUUUUUAACACCUCUCCUCACAGCCCCAGCAAAAAUGGAGACCCUCACAUUCACUUCGAAGUAGCAUGUUGCAAUGACCUUUGAAUGCAUUAAGGGGUAGACCGUAUUUGAGGCUGCUAUUGUGUGCAGGACAAUGGAAUGAACAUCUGUUAUUACAACAGCUUCAAUAGCUGCACAAAGACUAUUAGAUAGUUUAAUUUUAACAUAACUGUAGUUAUGAUCACUUAAUAUUUUAAUAUUCUGUUCUGCUUGUUAUAACACUUGAAUGAUUUCUUCCACAGAUAAAAAACAGAGAUAUGCAUGAGUAGGGUUUUACUGCAUAGACUUAAAGCCAGAUUUCAAGGUAACCAGAUUCCUAACUCCCAUUGAGUUUUAUGAGACUUAGGUGUCUAACUGCCCUUUAAAAAUCUGGCCUGCAAGUCUUUAAGACCAAUGUUUGUUUUGCCUAUGAAGAUGACACUUUAAGAAAAAAUCUUGUUUACCUACAGUCACUCCUUGUGAUGCUUCUAAAAUGUUAAAAGAAACUAAUAGCUGAGAUUUCUGAUUUAUUUUCAAGGUUUGUAUAAAAGUAGUGCUGAAAAUGAAGCAGAAAAAGGGAUUAUUUUGUAAACACUUUGUGUAUUGUAUUGAUAAGAGAUUAUAUCUUGUAAGAAUUAAAUAAAGUCUUUAUUUUAGUCUACUUGGAA